GAUCAUAGGCCAACCAUAUAAUUCCCACUCAUUAUUUUUGUUGCUUAAAGCUUGCCUGGCCUCUUCCCUUGAGUCUUGACCCUUAUCCUUUCUUUUCUGUUCUCUUCUCUUCUCUCUCAAACAAAAGAGAGAAAAAAACAACUCAACUCAACAGCUGCUGAGCUGCCACCUUCCCCCUUCUGCAAAGAAUUUCAUGCUCCACAGUCCACACGAGAGAGACCCACUAGGCCAGGCCAGGCCACCACAAAUUGAUAGAAAUUGCGCUGCUGGGUCAGCUUUCUACAGUUGUUUGUACCAGGAGAAGAAACCAAGGAAAAAAAAUAAAAAUAAAAAAUAAAAAAAUAGUGAGUGAUCGAUCGUCCCCUCCAUAUGAUCAUGGAAGCAGAUAAUGGGAUCCGCUGCAGGCCCAAUUUUCCACUACAAUUCCUCGACAAAACCAACCAAGUCGAUGACGAUCCAGAACCAGCCGCUGCAUGCUCUACUGUCGCCGAUCCCGGUUCAGACCCCAACAGAACCGGUUCCUCAAUUCAAGAACAACAACCCAGUAACAAGAAGCCUCCCCCGAAGAGGACAUCCACCAAAGACAGGCACACGAAAGUCGACGGGCGGGGCCGCCGCAUCCGCAUGCCCGCCACGUGCGCAGCUAGGGUUUUCCAGCUCACGCGGGAGCUAGGGCACAAGUCCGACGGUGAGACCAUCGAGUGGCUCCUUCAGCAGGCCGAGCCUUCUGUCAUCGCCGCCACCGGAACCGGCACUAUUCCCUCCAAUUUCACUUCCCUCAACAUCUCGCUCAGGAGCUCCGGGUCCAGCAUGUCGGCGCCGUCGCACUACUUGAGGACUAACGCGAGUAAUUAUUACUUCAACUCCAACAACUUCGGAGCAGCUGCGCCCACCUCGCAAUUGGGUACGGCGGAGCACUCGCAGCGCGGAAGGAUUUUGUUUCCCGGUGCAGGGUUAAUGUCGUCUGAGAGUUCUCCUCCGUCGUCGAUGUUGUGGAAUUUCAAUAAUUCUGGCAACGAUAAUAUAAGUAAUAAUACAAUGUUGGAAGCCAAGCAAGAGUUAGGUGAUCAUCAUCAGGCUGUUACUCUCGAUGAGGCAAGUAGUAUGGCGAGAAAGAGAAUUCGGCCGGAGCAAGAUUUGUUAUCCGCGAGUACAGGUUCAAUUCCUGCGAAUCAAAAUACAAUUCCGGCUACAUUUUGGAUGGUGGCAAAUAAUAACCCUAGUAAUAGCCAAGGGAGUAUUCACCACGAACACAUUAAUUCCAUUAAUCCCAUGUGGACAAUUCCGACAGUUGGUAACGCCGGCAAUAUGUAUCGAGGGCCCGUGGCUGGCGGUGGCCACGGCUUGCAUUUUAUGAAUUUCGCUUCUCCAUUGGCUAUAUUGCCUGGCCAACAAUUGGGUACAGGGUCAAUUACAACAACUCAAGGCGCCGCCGACAGCCACUUGGGAAUGAUGGCCGCGCUCAACGCAUAUCGGCCUAUUCUUGGCGGGGUAGCCAUGGAGUCUCCUGCGAAUGGGCAGCAUCCGCACCAGGGAGCGGACGAGGGACAUGAUCGUAAUACCAAUGCUAGGUAGUCUCUAUUAAUUAAUCCUUGCUAGGUUAAGUAUUCCAAUAAGAGUACUAUGGUUUUUGGUACUUUUAUUUUUGUUUUUUAGAAUUAAUAAUUACUAGCUAGUUUCUUAAUUAAGUGCAUAUAUGUCCAUUUUGCAGUGAAGGCGCAAGUUUGAUUGCUUUGAA